CAUCAAAAAAUAUCUUAACAUAAUUGAAAUCAUCGAAGGUAAUCACAAAACAUCUAUAAAAAUUGUUAUAGUUUGUAUGAACGCUUAGACACAAAAGGCGGAGGCUAUUAAACUUGUUUUUUUGUAACCUACCACACAUAGGUAUUAUAUAGGGUUAAAGAAAUAUUACAAUGACCAAAAUACCUCCAAACCCUAAUGACUUACAAACCCUAAUAAUUCUUUUCACACUCCCCCUCAAGCUAGAGCAUAUAUAUCAUAUGAAUCCAACUUGAAAGAUACAAGCAAACAAAAAACAACUAGAAAAACAUACUUUAACACUUCCCCCCCAGCUUGAAGCACACAAUACAAAGACUCAUAUAAAUAACAAGAUAAUUUCAUAAAACUUCAAUGUAGGUUGAAAACUCAUCGGAAAAUACAACAGGUGGUCAGAUCUCGCCGAAAAAACACGAAGGUUGAUAGGUUCUAGCUGGAAAACAACAAGGACCAGUCGGAACCAAUCGCAAAACACCAAGGCCGGUUGGAUCUCGCCGCAAAACGCCAAUGGUUGAUCAGAUCUCACCACAAAACACAAAGGCCGGUCGGAUUUCACCGCAAAACAUCAAGGCUGGUAGAAUCUCGUCAGACAACAACAACCUGUUGGAAACUACUGCAAAACACCAACGCCGGUUGGAUCUCAACAACUAACAAUGAUCACAUUUCACGUAAUCAACCAACGAGUUUCGCCAAAAAACAACUACUGAAAAAAAAAAAAAAAAAAAAAAAAAAAAAACUUCGUCGGAGCUUCGCUGGAAAUCGCCGAAACUUGCCAGAGAUAGACAUAACAUGUCGGCAACAGGCAGAACACGCUGGAGACACAAAAACCAAGUCGAAAAACUGCUGAAAAGUCAAACUGAAUAGUCAUCGGAGCUUCGCUAGAGACUCAUCGGAGUGUGCCAGAGAAGGCAGAAAACUCCGGCCACUCCAAAAACAGUAGCCAUAGUAUCAAACGCCGACCACAUAUCAACGCUUCAACAACACAUAAUCAAAAGGCCGGAAUUUAUUUUAUUUUAUUUUUUUCCUGAUGGCCACUCAAACACACCAGCUACCACAAAACAUGCCGGCCACCACAAACUAUGCUAGCCAACCACCACAAAACACGUUGGCCACCAUCAUAGAAUACCAAAAACAAACAAAAUCAUUCUUUUUGUUCUCACCGGAGGUGUUCCGGUCACCAAAAAAAAAAAAAAAAAUCUCCUAUACAUCUUUACGAAGGCACUACCUACACAGGCAAUGCUGCCACCAAUAAGAGAAAACCAAAUAAUAGAUUAGCCAAGAAUCAAAACACAUUCUGAUACCAUGUUAUUGUUUGUAUGAACGGUUUAGACACAAAAGGUAGAUGCUAUUAAUCUUAUUCAUUUGUAGUCUACCACACAUAUUAUCAUAUAGGGUUAGAAAAAUAUUACAAUGACCAAAAUACCCCCAAAUCCUAAUGACUCACAAACCCUAAUAAUUCAUCACUAUACUUCCAUGCCCAUUCAACAUUUGACAAACCUUCCAUCAACUCGAUUCAUCAAAAUAUAUCUUAACAUAAUUGAAAUCAUUGAAGGUAAUCACAAAACAUCUAUAAAAAUAAUAUACCAUCGGCUCGGCUCAAUUCAUAUAACAUUCUUUGAAAACAUCUUGAAAAUCUACUCUUUUGCUUAGUAAGUAAAAUAAUUUUCUACUUCGUCAAUAAAGCUUUGUGUCGUGGAUGUAUAAAUAAUUUUUUGGUUUUAUUGUUUUAUUAUUAUGCAUUACAAUUUUUUUUGGUUGCUUGUGCAUUUGUCGUUGGGAGUUGAACCAUUCCUUAGAUUCUAACAAUUGGUAUCAGAACUGGUUCACUUAUAUUUUGUCUCACGUCUUGAAUGUUUUCAUUGAACCCAUUCUCAUGGAACACUGUCCAAGUGCAUCUCCUAUAUUUGAUGGGAGUAAUUAUGCACAUUAGAAAGUUCGAAUGAAAGCGAACCUAAAAUUAUUGAAUGAUAAUGUGUGAUUAUUUGAGACUAAUGCCACCACGCAAAUAUAAAUAAUGGAUGACUAAUUAUUGAAUGAUACCGUUUUCCCUUAGCGGACACUCCCUACAAGUGGAAAAGAGGUCCAAUAAUAUACUUGAGCCUGCAACCGGGACAGAUUUGUCUUUUCACCAAACUAAGAGACCACUUUGUCUGGCUAAAAAUUAAAGUAUUAAUUUAGGUAAAGCUGAAGGAUCAUAAUAAGCUUUGGGAAGAUGCGAAUCAGCCUCUCUUUCUCUCUCUUUCUUCUUAUAAACUUAGCAGCGGUAGUUUCAGCUGCUGAUAGAUUUAGCAGAGAUGACUUCCCACCAGGCUUUGUGUUUGGGUCUGGGACCUCAGCAUACCAGGUUGAAGGUGCAGCAGACCAAGAGGGUAGGAAGCCUAGCAUAUGGGAUACAUUAACUCAUGAUGGGAAAAUGCAUGGAGACAAUGCUGACAUAGCGUGUGAUCAAUAUCAUAAAUUCAAGGAAGAUAUCCAGCUCAUGGUGGAGACUGGCUUAGAGGCCUAUAGAUUUUCCGUCUCAUGGUCAAGACUCAUUCCAAAUGGAAGAGGACUUGUCAAUCCAAAGGGUCUGCAAUAUUACAACAAUCUUAUCAAUGAACUUAUCAGCAAUGGAAUCCAACCACAUGUUACAUUACACCACAGUGACCUUCCACAGGCACUGGAAGACGAGUAUGGAGGAUGGAUUAAUCGAAAAAUUGUGUAUGACUUCACGACAUAUGCAGAUGUGUGUUUUAGGAUGUUUGGUGACAAGGUUUCACAUUGGACGACCGUGAACGAGGCCAAUGUGUUCGUACUCGAGGGUUAUGACACAGGAUUUCUACAACCUCAACAUUGUUCUUCUCCGUUCGGAGUUAACUGCACAAGAGGCAACUCCUCAACUGAGCCAUACCUGGCAACUCAUCAUAUUUUGCUGGCACAUGCAUCAGCUGCUGUAUUAUACAAGGAAAAGUAUCAGGACAAGCAACAUGGAUUUAUAGGAAUUAAUCUCUUUGCUUAUUGGCUUGUUCCCCUAACAAACACAACUGAAGAUGCAAUUGCCUUUCAAAGAGCCAUGGACUUUCUGAUUGGUUGGUAUUUGGAUCCCUUGAUCUACGGUGACAAUCCUGAUGUAAUGAAAAGGAAUGUAGGAACAAGACUUCCAACCUUCACCAAUCUUGAAUCUAAUCAAGUUAAGGGUUCAUUUGACUUCCUAGGAGUAAACUACUAUUCCACAUCAUAUGUCAAGGAUGACCCCAGCAAACUAGAGAUGGAGGUCAAAGACUUUAUUGUAGACAUGGCAGUAGAUUUUAAAUCUAUGACAAUUAUUCAAAAGGAUUCGUCUACAUCUAAGUUUACACUUACACCCUGGGGUUUGCAAGGACUGUUGGAGAACUUUAAGCAAGUUUAUGGAAAUCCUCCUAUUUACAUUCAUGAGAAUGGACAACCAACUCAACACAAUUCAUCAAUGGAAGACUGGCCAAGGGUGAAAUACUUAUAUGGACAUAUUGGGGCUUUGCUUCAUGCAUUGAGGAAUGGAUCAAACACAAAGGGUUAUUUUCAAUGGUCUUUCUUGGAUGUAUUCGAGAUGUUGGACGGCUUUGAAUCAAGCUUUGGCCUUUACUGUGUAGAUUUGGAUGACCCAGAUUUAAAAAGACAACCAAAGCUCUCUGCUCAUUGGUACAAGCAUUUCUUGAAGAGAAAAGGUGUCAACUCUCAUGGGUUUAUUGAACUUGAGAAGAAUUUAUCUGUGCUUUCUCAUGCUCACUUCUUUUAG